CCUAGAAUGCGCCAUGGCUGCCGCCGGCCAGGCCGAGGAGUGUUCACCACUGCCGGCGGCAGCCCCAGCCAAGUCAGCCUCACCUUCUUUACCGCCAGCAGUUCCUGUCCGAAAGAAGCCUAAGAAAUGUCUGGUGUAUCCGCAACCCCCAAGGAGCUCACGCCUGUCUCGUUCCGUCCUGCGUUGGCUUCAGGGGCUGGAUCUCAGCUUCUUCCCUAGGAAUGUCACCAGGGAUUUUUCAAAUGGCUACCUAGUUGCCGAGAUAUUCUGUAUAUAUUACCCCUGGGACCUUAGAUUAUCAUCCUUUGAAAAUGGAACCUCCUUAAAAGUGAAAUUGGAUAACUGGGCACAGAUAGAGAAGUUUCUAGCAAGAAAAAAGUUUAAACUACCCAAAGAACUGAUCCAUGGAACGAUUCACUGUAAACCUGGGGUGCCUGAAAUACUGAUUCAAGAGGUUUACACUUUACUAACACAUCAAGAAAUUAAGAGUAUCCAGGAUGACUACGCUAAUUUCACAGACUAUAGUUACCAAAUGCGUUUGCCACUCGUUCCCAGGUCUACAAUUUCAAAGUCAAUUAAAGAUAACAUUAGGUUAUCGGAAUUACUAAGCAAUCCUAAUAUGCUCAGCAAUGAACUCAAGAUAGAAUUCCUCUUCCUUUUACAAAUGUUGCAAAGAAAAUUAAGUAGAAAAUUGAACCCAGCGUGGUUUGGCGUCAAACCAACAGUAGGAGAAAUUACAAUUGAUCAUCUUCCUGCGAGAUGCUGUGGGGGCAAAUAUAAACCAAAGGUUUCAAAGGAAAGAGCUGUGUCUGCUUUAUCAAAACCAAGCAGUGAUCACAGUCCACAUAGAGAAAUUCAUGUGAAGCAAAGUGGAAAACCUUCUUGUGAGUCCAUUACAAAACCUAUGAGAAGUGCUGACGAAACAAUAAAGGUCUCAUAGAAGUGACUUUGAAGAAGUGAUGUCAAUGUCAUCUACCACGACAUGGGAACAUAAUGAUCCA